AUGGUGGUAUGCAACAGCUGCAUCAGGAGUGUGAUUGCUCAAACUGUUGUUUUCUCCAGAACAAGGUUGCUAUCCAGCGGCAACGGCGGGAGGAAGACUUAUUCUUCGCGUAGUACUUUUGGCCUUCUUCGCCUGAAUAAUAAUAAUAAGUUGAAUCCUAGUUUCCCUGUUCGGACAAACAUGAUGGUAGAUACGGGAUCCACCGCUGCGAAAGCCGCGCCAGCAGGCGGCAGCUUGCAGCCGGAGAAAGAAGAAGCCGGCGGAUAUCUCGGUGGAGCUUGUAAAAGUGAGGAUGGGAAAUUGAGUUGUGGGUACUCAAGUUUCAGAGGAAAGAGAGCAUCCAUGGAGGACUGCUACGAUAUCAAAAUUUCAAAGAUUGACGAGAAACCAGUCUGCAUGUUUGGAAUAUUUGAUGGUCAUGGUGGUUCUCGAGCAUCUGAAUAUUUAAAGCAACAACUAUUUGAGAAUCUAAUGAAGCACCCAAAAUUCAUGUCAGAUACCAAAUCAGCUAUAAGUGCAACAUAUCAGCAGACUGAUGCCGACUUCUUAGAUUCUGAAAAGGAGACAUACAGAGAUGAUGGCUCUACUGCUUCAACAGCAGUGCUAGUAGGCGACCAUCUGUAUGUUGCCAACGUUGGGGAUUCCCGAACUGUGGUAUCCAAGGCUGGGAAAGCAAUUGCCCUCUCCGAGGAUCAUAAACCUAAUAGAAGUGAUGAACGGAAGAGAAUUGAAAAUGCUGGUGGUGUAGUGAUGUGGGCAGGCACAUGGAGGGUUGGCGGUGUCUUGGCCAUGUCACGUGCAUUUGGGAACCGUAUGUUAAAGCAAUAUGUAGUCGCAGAACCUGAAAUCCAGGAUCUGAAGGUAGAUGAUGAGUUUGAAUUGCUAGUCCUCGCAAGCGACGGACUAUGGGAUGUGGUACCGAACGAGGAUGCCAUCUCGCUCGCCCGAUCAGAGGAAGAACCCGAGGUGGCAGCGAAGAAGCUUGUGGAAACUGCUUUUACGAGGGGCAGCGCCGACAACAUUACGUGCAUAGUGGUGAGAUUCCACCACAACGAUGCUCCGGCAACCAUCAUUGCGGUGGAUACACCACCCGAGAAUAAAGAGAGCAGCAGCAGCAACUGA